AUGCUCCCCACACCGCCCUCAACGCAUUCAUCGCGAUCGAGCUCCCCUACGCCGGCUCCGGCUCCCCACGCAGAGUCAGCCGCGACCGACAACAACGCGUCGAAAAAGAAGAAGAAAAAGAAGUCAAAGAAGGGCGCAAAGGCGAAAGAGCCGUCUGCAGGCAAGGUGCAUGGAACUGAGAGUUCUGACGAUCGCCCACCCGUCCUCUGCAUCAGUCGCAACAAGCAUUGGCGAUACAUCAGUUCAUACCAUGGUCCAUGGCUCCAACUUCCGCUCGAGCUGCUCGAGUCUCUUCUCCUCCUCAAUCUCGACCCUACUACGCUCUCUGCGGCAGAUCAGAAGCUUCCUCCCCUCCCCUCCCUCCCCUCCCCGACGCACCCUCCACGCUCGAAUGCCUCGCAAAAGCAGCGCGACCGCGGCUUUUCAGGCCUCGGCGACUACUCCCCGCCCGGGUCGCCAUGCACGCAGUUCGCCUCGCUAGCACCCCCACCACUCCUACCUCCACCGUGUCCGGGCAAGGCAACGCCCCCACCCAUCGACCCCGGCGUGUUCCGCUCGGUCACACACAUACGGAGACUCAUUGACGAAGCCUCUGAGCUCUCUGUGCGCGCGAGCUCGGGCAUGUCUGCGGCGGCACUCGGCUCUCUUCAUGGCGGCGGUGGAGGUAUGGGCGGCGGCGCGUGGGGGGCGGGCGCGCCGUCGUAUGGCCUAGGCUCGCUUGGAGAUGCAGGCGGACGCAAUGUCGCGAUGUCGGCCAUGCGCGUGCAUCGACUACGAGCACUCGCGGUGCAGAAGCUAGCGGCAGCAUACAAGGCGGACGAGAUCGCGUCGAGCGUGAUGGUGAUGCAAGGCGGGAGUGUGUUUGACGACAUCGCGGAGCGGGUGCUGAGAACAGACCCAACCGAUGUGGACGCGCGAUAUGUCCACUUCUUCCACGAAAAGAUACCUUCCAGGCAACUCGCCGAGUCCACGUCAACACACGUCCUGGACGAGUUGAUAGCCGCAAACCCCACCCGCCUCGAGUUCCACCGAACGCGAGGCAUCGUUCACUGUUUCCGCGACGAGUACGGCUCUGCUGUCAAGGAUUUCACGCACGCUAUCCGAGAAGCGCGGUCCAUUCGGAAGGCUCGAACCGCGCAUAUGAACAGCAACCUCGGCGACAAGCAACGUGCCAAGGGGUCGAAGAAGAAAAAGAAGGGGAAGGCAGACGGAAGCAAGACCAAUGGUCAGGUCUCACCGAAUGGGACGAGCGCAAGCGCAGGGGUCCUAGAGGGGAUCAGCGUCGAGGGGCCAGACGGCGAGCCCAUCUUACUUCACCCGUCCGUGCUCCCCGACGCUCCCGAACCCAUAGAGCCCCAAUGUCUCUUUCUCCGCGCAGCGGCAUACCUUCAGCACGCCGUGUUUCUUAUCGAGGAAGCCAUUUUAAAGCUCGAGAACAUUCGCAAAGCACCUUCGAUCGAUGGAGCGGAGAUGAGGCUCUGCUAUAUCGAGAACGGCAAAUACGGCGGCGUGGAGAUUAGCAACCCGGACGGCCCUCUCGGACGCCGCGACGGCCCGAAGCUCACGGCGUACCGCACCGCACUCACGGAACCCAGUUUCCGUGAGCAGAUCACAUCCCUGGUGAAGAAGAGCAUGCGAGAUCACCGCCAGUUCCUCACCCACUUCGACACGCUUGAAGGCGCCCUUGGGUACACAGACAGGGAUAUCGUCCAACGCAUUGAAUACGCCUUCCUCCUCUCCGAAUUCCUUCGCCCGGGGAGCCAGAGUACGCCGCCACCCGUGCCAAACGCCCCACCAAUGUUCACUACCUACCACCCGCUGCUCGUCGAGAGCCAUUUCAGCAUUCUCAUCGGCUAUCUCCUGCUCAGCGACUUCCCCGCGCUCCUCACCGCGUUCUCUCGCACCGCCGCCCUCGUCGACGGACUCGAAGGGUACCCGGUCUUCCUUCCUCCACGUUCAAUGUCCCAGGCAGAGUUCAUCGAGAUACUCGAGCGCCUCGCCGGGGGCUGGCGCAACGGCAUUCAGCCCCAUUCCCGUGCGCGCGCCAGGGCUCGCGGCAACACGCUGGCAAUCGAAGGCCCCGCCCCUCCGUCCCCUCUAUCGUCCCAGUCCCCGUCAACGAGCCAGCUGGCGCCCCGGAUGCCCACCCCGCCGACGCCCGACGAGACUGGCUGGGAUGCAGAAGGGAGACCCGGCCCGUCGUUCUCCACGCACAGCCUCGCCGCUUCCUUAGGCGUGAACGGCUCCAGCUCGUCGUCUAAGGUCCCGCGGCCCUCCUCCUCCUCGCGACGCGAUCCGUCUCCGGAAGAAAAGGGAGCGCGCCGAACCCCGCCGUCGCCUGGCGCGCAGGACCUGGCCGGCGUUCUCGAUGCGGCGCGGGUGUUGCUCGCGCCGGUCGCAAAGCGGCAGCGCGAGAAGGCGGAGCAGGCCGAGAGGGAGCGGGCGGGCGCGAAAAGCAAGAGCAAGAAACCGCUCAACAUCAACAUUCCCUUGCACGGGCCCCGGGUGGAGAUUGUGCUUGCGUGGAUGGCGGCGGGGAGUUUGUACGAGCUCGACGGAGGCGCGCAGGCUUGA